AUGAAGCGAUUGCCAUGCAUGUGCCUGAUGGUUGCUCUACAAAGCUCACGCGCCUCACGUCUCGUGCUCGAAGAUGUCCAGAGCUUCUUCAAAAGGCAAUAUAACCUGCAAUAUAAUUCACAGGCUGUCAACAGCUCCAGCCUGGACACGGUGCUGAGCAAGAAAGCCAAGCAGGAAAAACACCCAUGCCACGAGGUUGUGGCUGGCGCGGAGGAUAGGACUAGCUGGCACUUCGGCAAAGCGGACUGCAAAUGCCCGCCUGAUCACGUUGUGGCUGGAAAGUCAUGGGAGUGUGGAGAUGCCUUGGGGCAUCGCCACUUCUCGAGUAAGAUGGCCAUAUCUUCCUGCAGCUGCCAGCCGACUAGCCCUUGUGAAGACAUGGUUCCAGGUGCAAAGCUCAGAAAUUCAGCAUCCAAGCACCUGGACAGGCCGUGCAAAUGUGAGAAGGAGGACGAGGUCCUUGAGGGCAAGGCACGGGAAUGUUCUGCGUACCUGGGGGAGCGCUACUUUCCCAACACAUUGCCUCCUCAGGAAUGCUCCUGCCAUCCAAAUACCAUGGUGAAGUACCAGUGCGAUGAGAUUGCCCCGGGAGCCACUCAAGUGGAGCAGGACGGGAAAGUCCAGUGCCAGUGUCCCGAGGGACAGUUCGUGAACGGCGAAGACCAGCAAUGCCACGACUUCUACGGGGCCCACCUCUUCCCGAACAGGCUAAAGCCAGGGCUGUGCUUCUGCAGUGUCAAUGCUCGGCCUCGUCCAGGCAGCAGCUCCCAACGAAUGCAACUGGGGCUGAUUCCAUUGCUUCUGGUGGCACCUUGGGCAGUGUGA